UAGGAAAUGUUCUAAUAAACCUAGUGCAACAUGCCAAAAGCGAGCGCAGAAAAAGAAUGGAAGUUCACCAUGCUGCCCCGGGCAAACGUGUUUCACCCAACGUUGGAGGAAUUCGCAAACCCUCUGAAAUACAUCAGCAGCAUAAGAGAAGUUGCUAAAACUACAGGUAUAAUCAAGGUUGUGCCCCCCGAGGGCUGGGCUCCGCCCUUCUCAAUCGACAUCGCAAAGUUCCUCUUUACACCACGUGUCCAGAAGCUAAAUGAACUGGAAGCCAAGUCUCGCUGUCACUUUCAGUUCAUGGAGGGUCUCGCCAAAUUCUGGCACCUUCAGGGUGUUGAUGUGAAGAUACCCAACGUAGAGUACAAGCCUCUGGAUAUGUACACGCUACAUAAGGUGGUACAAGAUUUUGGUGGGUAUGAGAAGUGCUGUAGUGGUAAGAAAUGGAGCGCUAUUUGCAAGAAACUCAAGUUCAAGGACAGAUCCCCGGUAAAUACGAUACGGCAACAUUACGAGAAGAUUGUUCACCCCUACAUUGUCUUUAGAAGAGUUCAUUGUGGCGAAAAUCUGGCUUCUGACGAAAAAAAUAUAACAGUUGAACUCAUCAAAGAAAAGAUGGAGAAGACUGAAUACAAGCAUCCCAAUGACACAGAUGAUAAGAAGGAGCUAUUAUACGAGAAUCUGUUCUGUAAAGUAUGUAAGAAUGGAGACAGGGACGAUGCUAUGUUACUCUGUGAUGAAUGUGAUGAACCUUAUCACAUAUACUGUCUAAAUCCUCCGCUAGAAAAGAUUCCCAGUGGAGAAUGGAGGUGCCCUGUUUGCCUUGCUAAGGAAAUAGACAACCGGCAGUUCGGAUUUGAGCAAGCAAAGAAAGAGUACACACUAUCCCAGUUUGGUCAGAUGGCCGAUAAUUUCAAGUCCCGGUAUUUUAAGAUGCAGGCCAGUGAGGUUCCUAUUGAUAGAGCUGAGGAGGAGUUCUGGAGAUUGGUCUGCUGUGUCGAUGAAGAUGUUGCAGUAGAGUACGGAGCUGAUCUCCUGUCCUCUGAGCUAGGCAGCGGGUUCCCAACCCGGGACACUGCCAAGACUGACAUAGCCAAAGAGUACGCAGACGACCCCUGGAACUUGACACACUUCGCAGAUCUGGAGGAAAGUGUGCUGAAAUACAUCACAGAGCCGAUAUCAGGCGUCAAGAUACCGUGGGUCUACGUGGGCAUGGUCUUCAGCAGCUUCUGCUGGCAUGUUGAGGAUCAUUGGACCUACUCUAUCAACUAUCAGCACUGGGGAGAAUCCAAAGUGUGGUACGGAGUACCUGACUCAGGAGCUCAAGAUUUCGAGGAUCUUAUCAAGAAAGAAGCUCCGGAACUGUUCACAAAGGAACCCAGUCUGAUGCACCAGCUUGUCACUACUCUCUCUCCUAAACUGCUUCACGACAAGGGUGUACCAGUGUACACGCUGAGACAACAGCCGGGUGACUUCAUAAUAACCUUCCCUCGUGCUUACCAUGCUGGGUUCAACUCUGGGUUCAACUUUAACGAGGCCUGUAACUUCGCCACCGCUGACUGGAUCCCACUGGGUCGGCAGUGUGUGGACCAGUACAAAGAGUUUGGUCGUUACAACGUCUUCUCCCACGAGGAACUGCUCCUUAGAAUGGUGUCUAAGACGGACAGUCUGUUGCUGGACAUUGCUGAAACCCUCUUCCAGGAUCUCCAGAUAAUGGUAGAGCGGGAACUGGAACAGCGGGAAUCACUCAAGCAGAUCCAGACAGACUUUCUGGAGUUUGAGGAGGUACCAGACGAGAAGAGGGUGUGUAGAGUGUGCAACACUACCAUGUUCCUCAGUUCCAUCGUCUGCUCCUGUCACCCAGAAGUAAUGUACUGUCUCCUCCACGCUCCUACAAGUCCCUGUCCCACAUCUAAACAGACUAUGAAGUACCGCUACACGGUUGAGGAACUCAAAAAGCUGCCCCAAGAUGUACAGAAGAGAAUACCAGAGAUGAGGGAGUGGACUAAGGAGGUCAGCGGAAUGAAGGGCCGCUCUGAGAAACCUUUGGUGGAGGAACUUGAUAAGCUAGCGGAGCGGGCGGUUGCUAACAAAUACAUUGAAACUGACGAGUACAGAGAAUUGAGAUCUGUUAUCGACAAAGCUAACCAGUGCAUCAAGGUAACAAACCAGUUGGUAGCGAUCAAAAGACGAAGCAGCAGAGUGCACAACUCCUCCCCCGCUCUCAAAAUAUCAAUUAACGAACUUAACAGCUUCCUAAAACAGGUUACAGAUCUGCCCUGUCACGUGCCGGACUCUGCCCUACUACAGGAACACUACGUCAGAAUCGUGGACUUCACUGAAAGGUGUGACCGAGCUCUUAACAAGAAUCUCACUAAAGUUCAAUACGAGGAAAUGCUAAAAGAGAGUAGGAAGCUGGAGAUAGAUCUACCUCAAAUACACUCUCUCAAACAGGAAAUAAAGAAGAUACAAUGGGUAGAAGAUGUAUCAGAACUACUAAAACGAGCCACCAUCUCCUUCUCGGAUCUCCAGCAAGGCCUGUGCGACGGAGCUCACUUCCCCAACACCAAACAGAUCGAGGAACUCCGGGACAAUUUGGAGGACAAACUCAUGUCCGGCCAGAGAUGGGAGGAGAAAGCACAGGGGUUGUUGAGCGCUAGACCCCGCCCUACUUUAUCUAAACUGCACAAGCUUUUGAAGGAAGCUGAACGACUGGGGUUGUCCCUCCCCACCGCUCCCUCCGUUAAGAGCACUAUGAUCAAGGCAAUGGACUGGUGCAAGACCCUGUCUGAUAUAAAGUUGGAACAGAGUAAGGGUCAUUACACUAGCGUCAAACAGCUGGAGGGUAUUCUCCUCAAGGGUCAAAUGUUGCCAGUAUCCCUACCUGAGCUUGACCGGUUGGCAGUGAAAGUAUCUGCUGCCAAAGCAUGGCACGACAAAGCUUCCAAGAUAUUCGUCAGGAAGGGAUUCUCAAAGCUUCUAGAGGUUUUAUCACCCAGAGGAUCUCUAUCAAACGACAACAGACCGCUAGAGGAGUCGUUACGGGAGAGCACAGCGAAGGAGUUUACAGAGAUGAAGAAGAGACGGGGUGCGAACAUGCUGCGAACUGAGCAGGAGGAGAAGGGCAUGAUUAGCGAAGAUGAUAACGUCUACUGUAUCUGCCGACGAGGGUGGAAAACUAGUAAAGGAGUAGACGGUGCCAUGACGCAAUGCGACAUGUGUUACGAUUGGUUCCACAAUAAGUGUGUUUCCAUUGCUAAGCACAAGGACGUCAAGAACAGCGAGAUCAUGAAGGACGUUAAGUAUUUGUGCCCGCUGUGCAGCAGAACAAAGCGCCCGUCCGUGGACCAAGCACUGGGACUACUCAUCACCCUAAGGCAGGCUGGAUUGGCAUUGCCUGAGGGCGUGGCACUCAGCUAUCUGAUCGAGCGCGCCAUGGAAUGGCAGGAGAAAGUUAGAGCUAUUAUUGCCAAACACCGAGCUCUGCCUAACGCCGUUGACAAACAAGCGUACAUUGAUCAGCACGUCUCCCUGAAAGAUAGGAACCAGAUAGAGGAGUACAUGGUUAAAGGAGAUCUCAUUGAACUCCAUCUCGAGGAAACUACUGAUCUGUGGAAUUUGCUAAAUAUAGUUGACGAGCACGUGGUCCCAGAGAAGAAACUGCCUGUCUCCAAGCGAUCCUCUCCAGGAGGCCCUUCUAAGCCUCCCUCCCUCCCUUCCUCCAAACCACCCUCCCCAACCGGGUCCCACACUUCCAACAAGCGCAGGAAGACACCCUCAGAUGAACGUAGUAAUGGAAGCAAUAGCUCUAUCAGUGCUACCCGGAAGCGGAGGAAGGAUCGUCAGAACACCGGUAGUGAUGAACUCUGCAGCGUUCUGGACUGUCUGAGACCAGAGGGAGCGAAAGUGGGCUGGAUCCAAUGUGACAAGUGUGAGAAAUGGUACCACCUCGAGUGUGUGGCAAUCUCCAACAAGGAGGCAGAGCAGAUCGAGGACUACACCUGUCCCGUCUGUAUUAACACAACGUGACGUCAUCAGGGUGGAACGUGACGUCACGCCAACUUUUUGUGACGUUAUUAUUACGUCACGCCAGUUUGAUGUGACGUCACGUGAUGUUGAAGUUAGGUCUGUUGGAGUGUUGUCCAGUUGUGGGAAGACUCUGGUUAAGUAAGCGGGGUUUGAUGAUAAUAAAUUAUUUUGAAGACGACAGUCUGUUGUGAAAGAAUGCAGUGACCUGAUAGUAAUUGAUAUUCAGCUGUCAACUGUAUUAUUUAAGAUUAACAUUUAAAAUUUUCUUUGCCCUGCAAUCGAAUUAUGAUAUGAAAAUUUCAGUUCAGCAGAUUAGAAUCUUUGAUAUUAAUAUACAUUUCUGCAAGUAGAAAUGUUGAUGUACUUUUUUCGAAAAAGCAAUGUAUCACGGCAGAAUUACCAGACUUUUGCAGCAUGUAAAUGUUUUGAGUUGAAAAUUAUUGGCUACAGCGUAAUAAAGAUAUGUGUUUGAGUAUUGGAUUUUAAGUUUGAUAUUUGAGCGCUUUCAUCUGUCAAGUGCCCUCUUUUAUGUAAGACGCCAAUCUUGCGAUUUAUAGUGAAAAUUGAAGUGCAGCAGUAUUAUGAACGUCUAUUCGGAGUUAUGGUCUAGUCUUGCAGUCAGUGUAUAACUGUAGACUUAAAUAUAGACCGACUGGUCAUGUGUAAUUCCGUUCAACUUCAAACUUUACUCCUCAACUAUUCAGUUCUGUGUAUCUUUUAACAUUCUUCAGUAUAUUAGUACUAUAGUACUAUUAGCUUAAUGUGUGUAAUAUUAAGCGGAUAAGAUGUUCGUGGUAUGUGUACUGAAGAUGUUAUUAAAGUAUAUUUUAUGUAUAAUGUAAUACGAUACUGAUUAAUUAUCGUGUACUGAUACUCCUAUACCCACUGAUGACUGACUUUGGUCGGUUAAUUUUCAGAAU